CCGGGAAGCUCCAGCGCUCUGCCUUCUCAGGCUGGCGGGCAGAUGCUGCUUGGGGGCUGGAGGCAGACGGAGCUCCUGUCGAUGCAGCAAACCGUGGGAUUGCCUGGCGCAAACUGACUCCCCAUUUGGAAGGAAAAUGAAGGGUGCAACCAGGCCGUGGAGUGCCGUCUCCAAACAGGGAUGCCAUGGGACGGAACGAGGGAAAAGUUUGCCCCCCGCCGCCUCCGUGGGCAUGAAGCCCUCCAAGUCCUCCACCUCCCUUGCCUUCGACUCUCGGCUCAGCAAGCUGAAGAGAGCCAGCAGCGAAGACAUGCUCAUGAAGCCGGGGGUCGUCGCAGGCUCAGGGGGCUCCCGGCUGAAGAAGACCAUCACGACGGGGGCCAUUUCCGAGCUGGCCGAGAACCGGCUGCGGCCCACCCCAGGUUCCAUCCCAUCAUCGAAGCGUACUGGCAUCCCAGCACCCCGGGAGCUGCCGACCGCCGCAGGCAGGGAGAAGGCGGUCCUGAGGCCCCGGAAGGCUCAACCCAGCCCCACUUCCUCCGGCACACCGACGCCCACAAAGCACUCGCGGCCAACCCUCAAGUUCAAGAAUGAAGGGGAGGCCGGGGACAAGGCGGCGCUGGAGUCCCAAAUCAAGGAGCUCUUGGCCGAAGGCAAGGCGAAAGAUUCCGAGAUCACCAAGCUCAGGAGAGAGCUGAAGGAGCACCACAACAAAGAAUGGGUGAACUGCGGGCUGGACCACAGCGCAAGGGUGUCGCCGGCUGACGUGGGGCCGUUGAUCCGGGGCCUCCAGGAGAAGAACAUAUCUUUCCAGAGGGAGCUCUUGAGCCUGAGGGAAGAGAACCGGCUGUUGAAAGAGAAACUGAGUCACCUGGAGCAGUCGCCCUUGUCGGACACCACGAGCGGCAGCGGCGGCAACAGCAGCCUUCCGACCCCCACCACUCAAGAGUCUAGUUUCGGGACCCCAUCUCAGCACCCCGGGCGCGGCCGUGUGGAAGGCGGAACCCCCCAUGUCAACGGCCCUCCCUUGCGGAACUCUGGCUCGUCCAGCAGCGACGUUACCAAGGCGUCCCUGUCGCCCGAUGCCUCAGACUUUGAGCACAUCACUGACGUGCCGUCCAGGCCCCCCUCCUCCGGCAGCAACCCCUUCAAGGCCUGCAGGUGCUCCAGUGCGGGGAGCUCGCCCAACAACAUCAGCGACCUCUCCGUGGCCUCGCUGACGGAGAGGAUACAACGGAUGGAAGAGAACCACCACUGCACGGCGGAAGAGCUCCAAGCCACCCUCCAGGAGCUCUCGGACCAGCAGCAGGUGGUUCAGGAGCUGACGGCUGAGAACGAGAAGCUGGCUGAGGAGAAGGCUCUCCUGGAGAGCUCCUUCUGCCAGCACCGGGAGAGGGCCGAGAAGCUGAGCCAGGAGAACGAGAAGCUGGCGGCCCUCUUGCAGAGCGAGCGGCCGAAGAGCGACGAGAGCCAAGCCAAGUGCCAGGCGCUGGAGCAGAAGUGUGCCGAGCUGCGGGAGAAGGCCCAAUUUGAGCGAGAGAAGCUGCUGAACAUCCAGCAGCAGCUGACCAGCAGCCUGCGGAGCUUGGAGCGGGAGCACCAGGACUCCCAGGCGGCCGCCAAGAGCCUGAGAGAGGAGAACGAGAGGCUGGGUGCCUUGCUGGAGACGGAGCGGCGGAGCGGUGCCACCCUCGCAAAGACCCUGGAGGACUGCAAGGUCUCCCUGGAAGGCUUGAAGAUCGAAAACGGUGCGCUCCGGUCCCAGCUGGAGAGUGAGAAGCGGAAGGCCGUGGCGAUGGACGCCAUGGGGCAUGGCAGCACCAAUGUCUCGGGCGUCCAGGAGAUGCUGAAAGGGGCCCGGGCGGAAAAGGACCAGCUGGAGCUCACCUGCACAGAGCUCAGGCAGGAGCUGUUGAAGGUGCACAGCGAGGUGAAGACUCUACAAGGGCAGCUGGCCAAGAUCGAGAAGGAGUGUGGGCAGCUGAAGGAGACGUGCGACCGUCAAGCGGAACAGCUGAGCCGAACCAGCCUCAAGCUGCAGGAGAAGACGUCGGAGAAUGAAGCGGAGAUCAAGAACCUGAAAGAGACCAUCUUUGAGCUGGACGACCAGGUGGAGCAGCACCGCGCUCUGAAGCUGCACGACAACCAGAUAAUCAGCGACUUGGAAAGUAAUCUGCUGAAAGUGGAAGGCCAGAAGGCGGAUUUGGAAAGGCAGCUGAAGACCCUGAACAAGCAGAUGAAGGAGGAGACUGCCGAGUGGCGCCGUUUCCAGGCCGACCUGCAGACGGCUGUGGUCGUGGCGAACGACAUCAAGUGCGAGGCGCAGCAGGAGUUGCGCACACUGAAGCGCCGCCUUCUGGAAGAGGAGGAGAAGAGCGCCCGGCUGCAGAAGGAGCUGGAGGAGGCUCAAGGAGGGAGCGCAAGACCAACAUUGGAGGUGCCAGAUGCCGUCGAGGCGGAUUCCACGAGCCGCUGGCAAGGGGUCUCGGUCAGCCACACGUCGCCAACACCCCCCGAGUCCCUGGCCACCGUCAAAUCGUUGAUCAAGUCGUUCGACUUGGGGUGCUCAGGUGGCCCAGGGCAAAGCGUUCCCACCCACAAGGUCUCUCGGAGCCCCCUCAGCGGCAUCCCCACCAGGACAGCUCCAGCAGCGGCCGUCUCGCCCAUCCAGAGGCAUUCCACCUUCAGCAACUCAAAGCCUUCUGGGAAAGCCUUUUCCAAGCACACUGAUCUGCCCGAGCUGCCCUUGGCAGACUUGCUGAAAGGGAGGAGCGAGGACUUGAAGCCAGACCAUUUCCUCCGCAAGAGCCCCUCGCUGGAAUCUCUCAGCAAGCCCUCCUCAAUGACCUUUGCCGGCAGGAUGCUCAACUCCCCCCACAGCGGCUUGAAACCCCCAAGCAAGCUCAGCGUGGAGAGGAAGGACCCGCUGGCUGCUUUGGCGAGGGAGUACGGGGGCUCAAAGAGGAACGCCCUGCUGAAAUGGUGUCAGAAGAAGAUGGAGGGAUACUCAAACAUCGACAUCACCAACUUUAGCAGCAGCUGGAGCGACGGCCUGGCCUUCUGCGCCCUCUUGCACACCUACCUGCCCGCUCACAUUCCCUACCAGGAGCUCAACAGCCAGGACAAGAAAAGAAAUCUCCUUUUGGCUUUCCAAGCUGCUGAAAGCAUUGGCAUCAAACCCAGUUUGGAGCUCAGUGAGAUCAUGUACACGGACCGCCCUGACUGGCAGAGCGUGAUGCAGUACGUGGCCCAGAUCUAUAAAUACUUUGAGACUUGAGUUCCGGAGCCGAGCAGAGGAGGAGGAGGAGGAAGAAGAAGGCAUUUGAAGAACACCAUGCAAAGCACUUGAUCACUUUAAAGCAAAAAGAAUCUCUUUCUCUCUCUCUGUUCCUGCUCUCCUGAGGCUCCCAGCGGACAUUUCUUGUGCCUCUCUCCAUGCAGCCCUGGCUGUGCUCUUAAGAUGCAACUGGGAGUGGGUGGGUGAGGGGCUCUGCUGUUUGUGAGGCCAAUGGCUCCCUCCCUGCUUGACAGUGCCAAAUAGACUUCUUCCCCCCACGACUCCUGUGAAUCCCUUGUCAUCGGUCAAAUUGUUGGCGGCCUUGCUAAUAGUUCCACGGUCUGCCAGGGCAGUAGCGGUCACUGCUUUUUUUCGUCUUUGAUUUCACAGCAGCACCCUGGUGGUGGCUUCCCCUAAACCCCACCACCACUACAGGCCCCACUGGGGAAAAAACACCUCCCUCCAGCCUUGUGGGUGGAGCCGUCAGAACCGCUCCCCCCCCCGACACACAAAGGUCAGGUGCAAACAAUAAUGUGGAUCCUGGAUGAAGGCCGGUUAGAGGGGCGACUGUUGAAGAGCAUUGCCCCACACUGAAGCUGGUGACUGCAGGGCAUCAUAGUUAAUGGGACUGCGUUGCUUGGUUGAACCAGCCCACCAAUCACCAGCGGGGGCGCCAUGGAGAGCUACCCCCUCUUGCAGGGACUGGCCAUUUUUACACCCGCCCCCUCCGCAGGCCUUCAGGGAAUGUUCGGUUGUUGCACUGUUUAUGUACAUGGACAAGCAAAUGUGGCAUCCAGCUCUGCAGGCACCAAUAGCUAUCUUGGGGAAGGAGGAGAGGAAGAGGCAUGUUGGUAGUUUUUUGGGGGCGGGGAGGGGGAAUGACUUUCGUGGGCAACGGAUUUUGAAAGCAGUGUGGGCUUGCAAAAACAAAAUCCUUUCUUGUCCUGCCUGCACUUUUCCCAGCUGUGCCGUGCCGAUGAGACAUUCCCCAGCUCGAGAUCGUCCCAUCCAAGCAGGCACAGAGACAGGGUAAAAGCAUUACCUGCUGAAUUUCCGCCAGCUGUGCACUGGUUGAGUGCAGGAGCCCUUCCAAGGGAGAAAGAAAAGAACUGGCAAGCCUCGGGGGGGGGGUGUCUUUGCAAGUUAAAGUGAUAGUGAAAAUAACCGUCUCGCUCAUGUGGGCUCUUUCAGGUCUAAUUAACAAGUGGAGUCUCAUUGUGGCAGAUUUUAUUUGGUGUCAAAGUCCGCAUCCCUGGAGGACCCUGAAACUUCUGAGCGAAGCCACUGAGUCAAGGACGGAGGGCUCCUCUGCAAGGUUUUCAGUGCUCUUUAGGUGUGGGCCCUGUGGGUAAAAGCUGGGCUGAGCAGUGCUGAACACAUCGGCCUUAGCCAGCCCCGUUUCGAAAUGUCUCUGAAGGCCGUCACAAAGCAGCUUGGGCAGGCAUCGGGGCAUUUCAAGGCCUCCAGUUCCCAGAAGUGCGUGCCACUUGCCUGGGUUCGGUACAGCCUCUUCCAUGCCACUUUGGUAUGAAUCACCGGCUCCUCUCUGAGACUCAGGAGGAAAAGCCUGCCACAGGGGCACUGUGCGUGGGCAGUAUGGCCCUUGGGAGCGCCCUUUUUCCCCCUGGGAGAUGCUGUUAGAGGAAGGCUUCCUUUCCAUGUGUGUAGCCCCGAGGCCUCGUGAGCAGAUAUUUACACACCUCUGAUUCAUUUCUGCUGCGCCAUCCCCUGCCAUGGGGCACCAGAGGGGUGUGUGGGGCACCCCAUUGAAAGAUCCCGGAGGGUUGGAUGAUAGCCUGCUCACCCAAAAUAUCCCCACAUCUGCUAGGCUUGUUUCCGUCCCACCCCUCUGCUUCAAAGGUGCCAAAUAAUUGUUUAAAACUAUUUGCUUUUCAAAAUGAGGAGGCCUGAGUUUCUGUCUCCUCCUCCCAGCCUAAUUUUUUUUUUGUAAGUAAUAAUCUUCCUACCCACUUGUGAUCUCAGUUUGCGCUGGUUGGGAGUGUUCUCCCAUUAUUAGGUUUUGACACACCACCCCUCCCCGGCAGCUGUGAAGAGAAGGCUUCAGGCAGACCUGGUGCAAGGUUCAGUUUGUGGUGUGAACUGAGCGCUUUUUGAUGUCAGGUGCUAGUCCCUGUGGUCCCUGUCAGAAAUCUGUAGGCCUUCAGCUAGUGUCUGUCUGGCAUUCAGAUCUUUCUGGAAUUGCUUGCCACCUCUGUGGAAAACUCAGUUAGGUCAAAGGAGCUUACAAAUUCUUGUCACCUUUUUCAUUGGUCAAACAGACCUUUAUUUGGGAGAUAAGGGAGGAAACUGAGUCCCCAAGGCCCAGGAUAAAGAGGGUUCUUUUGGAGAGUUGUGUCUGGUGCUUGUCUGUAGUCAUGUCUACACCUAGAGAGAGAAGCUGGCCCAUGGACUCCAGGAGGUAGCCAAGGCAGUGCCCUCCGGACGUUGUGGGUCACCAGCCCCCAGCAGACAGUGUGGCCAAUGGUCAGGGUUGAUGAUGAAAGCUGCAGUCCAGCAUCCUCGGGAGGGCACCAUGCUCACAAUCCCCAAUAUCGCAGUCCCCCAAUCGGUGGGGGGAAGACUUUUUGUGCACAUUUUGGCAAGGUCCCACCUCACGAGAAGAUCUCUUGUCAUCCAAGUGAGCAAACGUAAGGUGGACGGUGGCAAAAAGUCUGAGGUGGUUCUUUCAGGGCAUGUUCCUCCCAUUUCAUCUCAACUGUGCCCUCAGAAAUGCUCCUUGUCAACAGUGGUUGGGAAACCCUGGUGGGGGUGUGUGAGAGAGAGAUGCCUACAAGGUUAGCAUUUCUAGGCCAUUGAGUCCCUAGAUGUUGUCCAGAUGUUGGGCUUGCCUCAGAAAUAUGUGUUACCUCCAGUGUUGUUUUUUUUGGAGGGGUGGCAGUGGUGGCUGGUCAGGGGAAUCCACUCUGGCUUUUAGUCUGAACUUUCAAGGAUCUGUCCAGAGUGUUGAGAUGGUUUCAACACCAUGAAAGUCCGGAUGAAUACCCAGAAUGGAUUCUGCUGCCCCACUGACAUGGAGCCCCCCAGCUGGCCACUUGCUGUUUGGCUUUGCUCUGCACAUCAGUGAAUGCAAUAGAGGAAGGAGAGGCGAGAAGAGAAGAUGGGGGAAGUUAGCGAGGGUGCGAGUUUGGUCGUCUGUUGUCCCGAAGGUCCCGUUUGGUUUUUGUCUCCAGAAAGGGGGAGGGAAGUUGAGUGUUAGGGGGUCUGCAAGGAAAUGGAAAAGAGAGUCAUCUCAGAAGACGCAAACGCAAAGCAUGCAAAGAGGUGGGUUUGCAUGCGCAACCGAUGUGAGGGGAGCAAAGAGGGCUGCGAGGUGUGGGAGCUUUGCCAGGUGGGAAGUCUCUGUCGGUGUCGUUCGGUUUUGCCCGUCACACCAAGCUGCGCCGUUGAAAGGAAGCCUGGGCAGAUUCCAUGGCACCAGAGACCACGCCAGCCUCCUCCCUGCUGCAAGUCUCUCCAGUCCUAGAAUCGUAAGGGAACGUUUGUAGGGGCAGGUUCAGAAUCCACUUUCCCCAUUCCUGAACGUUGGAAAACUGGACUUCAGGUUGUUGUCCAUCCUACCCCCAAUUCUGCCCAAGUUUACCGGCAGUCAUGUUUCCUUAGGAGCCCCAUCCCCUUUGGGGCCUUCCUCCUCCUAAGCCGAAGUUCAACCAGUUCUGAGGACAGCUGGGGUGAUGGUCAGCUGAACCCCCUCAGUUUGUAGCCGCUGAAAUGCCAUCGCAUUUCAAGGCUCUUUCUCCCUGCAGGACUUUGCCAUUCCCUCCCCCUGGUUUCACCACCUUCCUCCAACACAUGAAUUUUGCAUGCAUUCAUGUAGGACUUACUUUUCAGGGGCCAGUGAUCUCCAUCCAAGUCCUGCCGCCUGCCCCUUCCCUCUACUCCAGAGGUCAGCAGAUGUUCUCCCUUGUUGCUCGGUCCUCCCAAAACUGCUAGUUUCUGCACACACCCCUUUUCCCCACACAAUUCAUCCUUGACGUAGGAACAUCAGGUUGCGUGACUGUGUCGUCCCGGGACAAGAACAUCUGUGGCCUUCCGGAUGUUGCUGGACUCCCAUGUCUCAUCAUUCCACCUACAAGAUCUGGAGGACCUCUGGUGGCCCAUCCCUGUUGCUUAAAAGCCCACAGAGGAGACAUCCUCUGAACAUGUCUUAUAACUGGAUCUGUUGGUGUCUUCAGGUGCUAAUGAACUUUCCAAAAUACCGUUGAUCGAUUCCUGCUGGCCGUGAGUGAACGUUUGAGUCCUUUCCUCACACCUCUGCUUGUUAACGUAUUUUGGGAGAGCUAGCAGAGUCUGGGUUUCUCCCCUCCCAUUAACUUGCGCAGGUGCCAACUUCUGCCAGGCAAUGUUUUUUCUUCCUUUGCAAGCGUUCGUUUAUAAAAACUGGACAUCUCUGUUGACACGGGAUGAACCGCCGAGAAUCUGCACCGCCGUCCGGUCAGAGACGAAACUGUCUUAUUUAUACCAAGAGCACACUAGAAUGUAGAGACAGUAUGAGGCAUUCGGUCGAGGUUUUCGAUGGGCUAUUACCGACUGUUUUUAUUUAAGAAGAUUAAUGUUAUUGAAGCAUUUGAGGCAGGGUCUGCAUAAUAUUUCUAAUAAAUUCCUUUUGUUUCUGA